UGUAAAUGUCAAAAUUUGACAAACAAAUAAAAAAUUAUGAAUAUUUUCAACUACCUAUUAAUCUAUAAAGUUUUUGCAAAGAAUAUUUUAAAGAAGUAAGAAGCGUGGAUUACUGUUGCCUUCAUGUUACCUUUGUUCCUUCUAAUUCACGGUAUGGCCUCUCGAGGGAGAAUGUUUUGUAGGAAUACAAGACCCAAGAAAUCCUUCAAGAUAGAACUGGGCAGUGAAUCCUGCAGGACCUGUGGUAGCACCAGGAGUUUAGGAUCUCUAUUUAGUGGAGGCGAAAGUAAGGAAAAAAUAUCUGAACAACUACGGCUAGUAACUGGUUUAGUAAUAAGACCUAAUGAUGGAUUAUCCCAAAAAAUAUGUCGCCGGUGCUACAGAGCGAUUAGGUCUGCAAUAAGACUGAGACGAGUCAGUAGAAGAACUGAAAAGCUUCGUCUCGGUAUGAGGGUGAAGACUGAGAAUGUACCAAAACUAGCGAUGACUACAGCUGUGAAGACGGAACCUCAAUCAGACAACUUACAAGCCAACGACUUUGGACAAAUGGGUUUCAUUGACAGAUAUCAGAAUUACAACUUCCCCGAUCUGUACGAUAUCUGUAAGAAAGAAGCGGAGGAGACAAAACCUCUCGGCACAACAAGUGACGCGGUCCCAUACAAGUGUAAAACAUGCGGCAAGCCGUUCACCUCCAGGGAGCUUUAUGAUGCACAUCGGAAGACUCACAAGAACGUGUGGGUCUGUGAAGAGUGCGGGAAGUCUUGCCGGAGUAACUUCGAGCUGAAGAACCACAAGCGGGCCAAGCACGGCAUGGAGCGGAUCCACAAGUGCUCCUACUGCGACUACACACCGGCCACUCAGGAAGCACUCACAAUCCACGAGCGGCGCCACACAGGAGAGAGGCCGUAUGUGUGUGAUCACUGCGGCGCGGCUUUCUACAGACGGAACACGCUGGUUCAGCAUCUCGCUCUGCAUCUACCAGACAACAAGUACCAGUGCGAUCUGUGCCCGAAGCGGUUCAAAUCGAAGAACUUCCUGCUCAUCCACAAACACGACACUCACACGGGGAAGAGGUACGGCUAUCUGUGCUCGGUUUGUGAGCGUCGCUUCCAGAAGCCUUACAAGGUACGAGAGCACGCGAGGAAGGUGCACGGGCUGGCGGACGAGCACCAGGCGCCUGUAGUGCGGGUCGAGCUCUAGAGCAUCAGAGAGACAGGAUAGAGGGAACCUUCAGCAGACACGCAAGGAGAUGUGAGGAAUACCUUCUGGACGAUAUGGAGAGCGAGGAGCACUCGGGAAGACCAGGGUGUGGAGACUAGUGAAGACUGCGAGGGCUUGGACGAAGAGAAGACUUAAGGCGAUGAGGGUUUGGGCUGAAAUUAUCUAAAACGAGGAUUUAAUCCAAGACAUUUUAAAUUAUUACCCGCUGUGAUUCAUGAUCCCGGGAUCUGUUGUGUUUUGACCAAUAAAGCAAAUAAUCUAUACAAAUAUAUUAACAAAAAAGGUAAUAAAAAAUUUUUUGUUUAAA